AUGCUCAGGCUGUGGGCGCUUCUCGCCGUGAGUGUCGUGCUCCCGGGUCAAGCUGUAAGUGUUUGCUUUUACUGUAAUUAAAUAUUACUCAUGACUCUAGUGUGUAUCUUCGGGGGUCUGUGGAGGAAGUUCUUGUUACACUCCACCUCCAGUGCAAUGCAAUCCCAGCAGUUGUCAACCCGGAUACUCAUGCGGCCAUUACGGCUGUGCCAGAAAUAGAGCCCGUUCGUCGUUGACUCAAAAGGUAAACAACGAGUAAACUGGGUCAUCUAUUCGAGUUCAGAAUGGUAUCGUCGUUCCAGUCGAGGUAUUUGUCAAUCAAACCGUUCCCACUCGUAACAUCUUUGGAGUUGAAAGACACAAAUUUGUCACUCCAGAAAACAAAAUAGAUCAAAAGAAAUACGAUCAGCUUACGGUAAGAGUAAAAGUUUCGUAUCAUCAUAAUCCAUUUCAAUGCCGUUUAGAACCCUAACUACUUGUUCCGUCAAUGUUGUGAAGAUCGUCGACUUCCAGACGCCUGUCUUCAUAAAUGCCACUUUAAUGUAUUCAGUAAAAAUGUCGUAAGUAUUCCGUUCCAAUUUCUGCUAUAUGAAUAUUUGCAGUUACAAUCUAUGUUCUUUAAAAACGAUCCAUGUCCGAUUGAAGCAGCUGCUGAUAUUCAAUAUUGUGCAGCCCAAGGGAGAGAUCAUCGAGAAUGUUGUCAUGUAAAUGGAGUUCAGGGUACCUUGGCUGGGGAGAAAUGUUUGACUUUCUGUGAUCAGAGACCGGACAAAGUAGUACAGUUAGACUACUCGUUCCUCCCAUGUUACGACCGAUUUGAAACCAUUAAGAGAUGUUUCUAUGACGAAAUCAAGAACCGAAUGGAAGAAAAGCUGGCUCCACAUCUGGAAAAGAACUGA